AUUCUUGUUCCCGCGCGAAAGAAAUGCAUGCAGUGUGGUGCAGAGGCAGGCAUAAAAUAGAAGAGAAGGAUCGAAAAUGAAAAUUGGUCUCACGCCAGUUGGGAUAUAGAAUAGAAAGUCCCAUUCCAAAGAGGAUACACACACAAACACGCACGUCCACACAAAAUAUAUUCGCUUACCUGAAAGCAGGGCUAAAGAACGAGCAGCACACACACGCACGCACGCACACACAACACACACACACACGCACACAGUAACUCACGCACACAAACGAACACUUCGACUUUAUUGGUUCCAGGUAGCAUGUCGCUUCGCACAGUUGACGCUCAUCCUGCAAGACGCACGCAACGCAGGACCGUAGCCAGGAUCGACAAAAUGGAACCCCAAAUACUGCCAGCAAACGGAUCCAAUUUCGUGAAUGUGCGCGACGAUUCGCAUUGGAGCGGCCGGGAGCAGCCGAUGCUGCUCACCGCCUGGACACAGACUACGGGCGAGGAUUUUGGGCUGUUGCGCACUCUGGAGAACGAUCCCCAUGUGGAGGCCGAGAAUCGUGCACUGCGCGAGAAAGUGCGCUAUCUGGAGGCCAAGCUGCAGGAGCACACGGAUCUGCUCUCCCAAAUACACGCAACAUCGGCGCGCAUGCAACUGGCUACGGCCACAGCUGCCUCGCCGGCGACGCCGCCCACACACCAGCCACAAAUACUGACGCCGCCCAGCUCUGUUAUAUGUGCACCUAGCUCGGGGCAGCCACAGCGCUCCGAGGUGAUUGACUAUAAAAUAAUUGCAGCCGCUGGCGCCGACUGCAACGAUGCGGAUGCCAUCGAGAUUCGUUUGGCGGCGGAGAGUUUGAACAGCCUGAGCACAUCCGCCGACUCGGAUCGCCUGGAAAUUUGCCUGGGUAACGAUGAGCAACAGCAGCAGCAGCAACAGCAACAACAGCAGCAACAGCAACAACAGCAGCAACAGCAACUGAUCAAACGCGAGUCCACGACGCCGCUGCAGCUGAUCAAGCGGCGUAAGCUGGAGCUACAGGAGCACAACAUGUCUGCACCGCCGGUGCUGCAACAGCAGCAGCAGCUGCACAACGUGAAUUACAAGCUGCCCACGCGCAGAAGCCAUGGCAAGUCCAGGGACGAAUGGAAGCCGGAUGUGAAGGCAGAACAGCAAAUGGCGGACAAUGUGAUGGUCUCCAUUGGGCCGAACAAUACCUGUGUGCCGGCCAGUGUCUUUGAGAAUAUCAAUUGGUCCGUCUCCUCACUAGCCACGCGCAAAUUGCUGGUGGCCACAUUUGAUCGGGAGACACUGGCCACACACUCGAUGACUGGCAAGCCGUCGCCAGCCUUCAAGGAUCAGCAGAAGCCGCUCAAGCAAAUGCUCGAUCCGCUCAAGAUACAGGACAUCAUCUUUGCCGUGACGCGCAAAUCGAAUGCCAGCGAGAAGGAGGUGCGCAACGCAAUCACCACGAAAUGCGCCGAUGAGAAUAAGAUGAUGAAAAUUCAAAAGGGCAAACGCUGCAGCAUCGGCGACAAGGAGAACAUGCAUUAGAGUUUAAGUUUAUAUAUAUAUAUAUAUAUAUACAUAUAUAUAUAUCUAAGACGGGAAGGGUUUUCCCCUUCCAAAUACCAAAAAGUAUCCGACUGCAAAGUUAAGCAAAUAGGUAUUCCGUAACUGUUAGCCCUAGAAAAGCCCUACCAACAACUUUGUCAUUUGUACAAAACUGAAGAUCUCGCAGUUUGUGUUUACGGUUUGAACAGAGCCUGUAAAUCAAAUACCAACUAAUGACCCAUUAAAUAGUUAGAAAAGCUCUUCGAACGGGCUGCCUGCAAGAGAACUAAUCGAUAACCAAACAUUUGUUAAAGAAAAGAUUUCAAAUUGGAAACUAGGCGAAAAUACGCAUCUCUGCGUAUAUAAAGAGAAAGUCUAUAUAAAAAAAGAUUUUGUUAGGAUUUGUAUAUCUUAUUGCUGCUUGUCAGUUUUUCUCUGCCUCUUGUAUCAGAUCUGCUAAGUAAUAGAAAAUAUUUAGAUUUAGAGUGAAAAGUUGAAUAAAUUAUUUUAACCAAA